AUGGCCUUCGGUACCUAUUUAUCCUUGGCUCUCUUAGUGGCUUUCACAUUUUCGAGCUUUGGUCCAACCUUAGCAGCUCGUAAACUCCUACAAACAACCUCAUUACCAAGUGAUUCAACUUCAAGUAGUCUUCCAUUUUUACCCUUUUUGCCAUACCUUCCCAAGUUGCCAAUCCCUUUUUUAUCCAAUGCACCUGUGGAUAACCCUACGGCACAGCCUUCAGUUCCCGGCUUGCCUCAGGCGACUAUUUCGGUGACGACAAAAGGCUCUCUUACUUCGCCGGCGACUCUUCCAACUACCACUCCCUCCAUUCCAUUCCUCUCCACACCAACUGCUACAACCACCAGCCCUUGA